AUGGCGUCGAUGAGACUCGUUGUUCGCAAUCUCCGCCACUACAUUUCCAUCGCAAUAACUCUCUUCAAGAGCCUCUUUUGGUGUAUAUCCGAUAAUUUCGAUUACCCGAUACUAAUCAAGCUCGCCGAUUCGUUUUUAUCUCUCUAUUUCAUAGUUUUCUGCGAUCUCCGCCCGAUCACCGUCGAUUUAGACGACGGAGAAACCACCGUACAUUUCUGGGUCUCCGGCCACCGUAAAAUCAACCGUCCGAACCUCGUCAUGCUACACGGCUACGGAGGAAAUUCGAAAUGGCAGUUUGUUCACCAGGUUUCCGAUCUGUCGAAAUCGUUCAAUCUCUUCAUCCCCGAUCUCGUUUUCUUCGGGAGAUCGCACUCGAGAAACGCAGACCGGACGGUUGAGUUUCAGGCGAGGAGCGUCGUCGGAGGAUUGAAGAGGCUGGGCUGCGGCGGGGAAUUGGCGGUUUACUCGAUCAGUUACGGCGGGUUCGUGGCGUACCGGAUCGCGAAAAUCUGGCCGGAGAUGAUCGGGAAAUUGGUGAUCGUGAGCAGUGGAGUCGGGUUCACGCAGCAGCAGAAGAUGACGGAGGUGAAGAAACACGGCGGAGAUGUAUCGGAGAUUCUCGUUCCGAGGAAUCCGCGUGAUCUCCGGAUGUUGGUUAGGGUUUCCAUGAAUACCGGUAUCGCGUACAUUGACUGGGUUCCUGAUUUCAUCCUCUCCCAAUUCAUCGCUGUGAUGUAUGAGAGAAACCGGCAAGCACUUGUUGAGCUAGCUAAGAAUUUGCUGGAAAGAGAAGAAGAGCCAGAGUUCUUUGCAAUAUCACAGAAAACGUUAAUCGUUUGGGGUGAUAAGGAUAAGGUCUUUCCAUUGGAGCAUGGACGUCGUCUGCAUAGGAAUUUGCCAAACUCGAGUUUAGAGAUACUGAAGGAAAUUGGACACGGUGUGAACAUUGAAGCACCAACUACUCUUAACAAUUUGAUUACCUCGUUUGUUUUAGGUGUUUCUUUGACUUAG